AUGUCACAAUUUCAGGUGUCUUCUCGAGACGCUUUGCCCAGGGACCAUCCUGAUUUUGAUCCUUGGGUAAAGGUACGAGACUUCAUUGAUAAUAUGAAUGAUGCCUUCAAACGCAACUUUGUACCAAGCCAGGAGGUUUGUAUAGAUAAAAGCAUGGUCGGUAUGAAAAACCGAUGCGUUUUCAUCCAAUAUAUGCCCAAUAAGCGCCACUCCAGGUUUGGUAUUAAGAAGUUCGAGUUGUGUGACAGUGCCUCAGGUUACGUUUUGCACAGUGCAUUAUACUCAGGCACCGACUUCCUUGCUGGAGGGCAGGACCCUUUUACGUGUCGUGGUUUGCUCAACAAAAGACACCACCUCUUUACUGACAACUACUAUACCAAAAUUCCUCUUGCUCAGUAUCUAUUGGACAAUAAAACUUAG